AUGGCCUCUACAAUACAACCAGCAGCAGCGUCAAGCUCAGAAGGCGCCAGCCCAGCGGGUGCUACUGAUGGCGGCAAAGUGCCAACGGUGGUGAUAACCAUCGGCAUGGCCGGCAGCGGGAAGACCACGUUCAUGCAGAGGCUGAACUCGCAUAUCCACACCCUCAAAAGACCUGGAUACGUCCUAAAUUUGGAUCCGGCCGUUACGCAGCUGCCGUUUGCGGCGAAUAUCGAUAUCCGGGAUACGGUGAACUAUAAGGAGGUUAUGAAGCAAUAUAACCUUGGACCGAACGGUGGUAUUCUCACAGCGUUGAACCUCUUUACGACCCGGUUCGACCAGGUCCUUGGACUCCUCGAAAAGCGGGCAUCAACAUUAGACUACGUAUUACUAGAUACACCCGGCCAAAUCGAAAUCUUCACCUGGUCCGCCUCCGGAACCAUCAUCACCGACACCCUCGCCGCCACGUACCCCACCGUCAUCGCCUACGUAAUCGACACCCCCCGCUCCACCUCCCCCGCCACCUUCAUGUCCAACAUGCUCUACGCCUGCUCGAUCCUGUACAAGACCAAACUCCCCUUUGUGCUCGUGUUCAACAAAACCGAUGUGGUCGCUCACGAUUUCGCGGUGCAGUGGUUGACGGAUUUCGAGGUGUUCCAGGCGGCGCUGCAGGAUGAUACCUCGUAUAUGGGCGGGCUGGUUAGCUCGAUGUGUCUGGUGUUAGAGGAGUUUUAUAAGGGGAUUAGGGUUGCGGGGGUGUCGGCUAUGACGGGCGCGGGGAUGGAUGAUUUUAUGGCGGCGGUCGAGGAGGCGAAGCAGGAGUAUGAGACUGAAUACAAGCCCGAACUGGACCGUCUCCUGCAACAACGGCAGGCACGAGAGGAGGAGAAGAGGCAAAAGAGCCUGGAGAAGUUGCUGAGCGAUAUGAAGCUGGAAAAGGGGAAAGAGGUGGAUCUGGAGGCCAUGAAUCAAUGUACGUUUCUGCCUCUGAGACGCGUGGAUAAUAGUUUAUCGCAGUGGCGUCUCUCCAACUGA